AUGGGGAGAGCACCUUGCUGUGACAAAGCAAACGUGAAGAAAGGUCCUUGGUCGCCAGAAGAAGAUGCAAAACUCAAAUCCUACAUCGAACAGCACGGAACCGGAGGGAACUGGAUCGCGUUGCCUCAGAAGAUUGGCCUUAAACGAUGUGGCAAGAGUUGCCGUCUCAGGUGGCUAAACUACCUCCGCCCUAACAUCAAGCACGGCGGUUUCUCUGAAGAAGAAGAUAACAUCAUUUGCAGCCUCUACGUUAGCAUUGGAAGCAGGUGGUCGGUGAUUGCAGCACAAUUGCCAGGAAGAACUGAUAAUGACAUAAAGAACUACUGGAACACGAGGCUGAAGAAGAAGCUUCUAGGGAAGCACCGUAAGGAACUGCAGGCACGUAACAAAGGAAACGGUGUCGUUAAGCAGGAGAACAAUUCAUCACUCUUGCUUCAGGAAAACAGUGUUCAACAACAGCCGUGUUGGCCACAGAUUCCAGCGCCGCCACUUUCAUCGUUGACAACCCAAACUCCAAGUUUCAACGACCAAGACUCUAUUAGAAAACUUCUACUCAAGCUUGGAGGGAGAUUCUCCGAUGAUUACCAACCCAUCCUUGAUGGGUUGAAUCUUCAGUUUCCAAAUGGUUCUCUCUCAUCAACACAACAAAUUCAAGAGGAGCAAGGCCAUGUUGGCUCUUUUGGGUGCAUAAACUCUUUUGGCAACAACCAAGUACAAUUUGGUCAGAGUAAUGAGUACUGUGGCGAGUUGGUGCAAGAACAAGUGAGUUUCACUUCCGCAGCUAUUGGGGAAAUGGUUUCUACUAAUGAUUAUUCUCAAAGGUUAUUAGGAGGGUCGGAGUUCUUCUACGAAGAAGAAAUGAUUACCGAUAAGAUAAUGGGUGCUUGUGCUUCUCCAAGUUGUGGGCAAAGUACUAAUUGGGGUGAGACCAGUUCUCUGAUGUAUCCUCCACUUGUUGCUUCGAAUUUCGAGGGUGUGAGACAAGAGAUGCCACGAGAAUGUGCUUUUCAAGAGUUGAGCUACCCAGGGACGCAAUAG